AAAACAAACAAGCAAUUGGCCACUUUUAAAGGAGUGAAUGAGACCGUCUUCUUAGCUAGAAGCAUUUAUUUUUUUAAGGAGGUUAAAACAUCAUAUAUGGAGAAAAAUAAUUUUUUAAAAAGCAUCAUUGAUAACCCCCACUCAUCGUUCCCAUGACUUUCAAACACAUUUCUCUUCUUUCAGAUUCUUGGCAUGAGUCAAAGUAUGAAGAAAAACCUUCUGUACAAAGUAUUUGUGUAGAAAUAUCACAAGCCGGAACUCCGAAGGCAGGUUUACUCGCUGGAAAGACUCUCCCCGGUGACAUCUGUGUUCCUGUCUUGACUGACAUUUUGCAUCUAGAUGAACUACCCGGACAAAAACUGUCCUUUCUAGAAGCCUGUUCAGUCCUCCGGGGCCAAAAGCAUGAAAACGCCAAGAAUUCAUUCAAGGGACAUGGGGAUGGUGACUCCCUUAAGAAACACUGCAUAACCCAUGAGUCGGGGAAUCCCAUCACCUGUAGAAAAGUCAGAAAGGACUUCCCAGCUAGAUGGGAGCUUCUCCAGUCCUGGAGCAGUCCCAAAGAUGAGAAGCCAAGCGAAGUCACCAAGUCUGUGGAGGCUAACAGUAGAAAAAUUCACUUUAAGUCACAAGAAUCCCAAAAACCUUCCAGCCACAAACUCAAGCUUGUUCAGCACCCGAGGGUACGCAUUGGAAAAACGGAUCCUGAGCUUAGCGCCUGCCGACAAGGCUUGGAAGAUAAAUGCCCAUUCUCGCCAACCCAGAGAGUUCACACUGAGGAGCGGCCUUAUCGGUGUAGUGAAUGUGGCAAGUCCUUCAGCCAAAAGGCCACGCUUACCACACACCAGCGACUUCACACUGGAGAAAAGCCAUACGAAUGUGGCGAGUGUGGGAAGUCGUUCAGUCAAAGCUCCAACCUCACUGAACACUCUAGGGUUCACAGCGGAGAAAGGCCCUAUGAGUGUGGGGAGUGCAAGAAAGCCUUUGGUUGUAAGUCCAAUCUUGUUCGGCAUCAGAGAACUCACACGGGGGAGAGGCCCUACGAGUGUGACAGGUGUGGGAAAUCGUUCAGGCAAAGCUUCAGUCUUGUUGAGCACCGUAGAACUCACAGCACGGCAAGGCCGUAUGAGUGCAGCCGGUGUGAGAAAUCCUUUAGCCAAAAAGCCACCCUCAUUAUACACCAGAGAGUUCACACCGGAGAAAGGCCAUAUACGUGUGGGGAAUGUGGCAAAUCCUUCAGCCAAAGCUCGAACCUUAUUGACCACUGCCGAAUUCACACUGGAGAAAAGCCUUACGAGUGUGGGGACUGUGGGAGAUCCUUUAGCCAAAGAGCUACCCUCAUUAGACACCAGAGAGUUCACACCGGAGAAAGGCCUUAUGAGUGCCAAGAGUGUGGGAAACUCUUUAGGCAAAACUUCAGCCUCAUUGAACACCGUAGAACUCACGCAACGACAAAGAUUUAUAAGUGUGGCCAGUGUGGGAAAUCCUUCAGCCAAAGAGCCACCCUUAUCAGACACCAGAGAGUUCACACGGGAGAGAGGCCUUACGAGUGCGGGGAGUGUGGGAAAGCCUUUGGGUACAAAUCCAAACUUGACCGACAUCAGAGGACUCACACUGGGGAAAGGCCCUAUGAGUGUGCCGAGUGUGGGAAAUUCUUCCGGCAGAGCUACAGUCUUGUUGAGCACCAGAGGACACACACUAGAGCAAGGCCAUAUGAGUGUGGCCAGUGUGGAAAGUCCUUUAGCCGGAGGGCCGCCUUUAUCAAACACCAGAGAGUUCACACCGGGGAAAGGCCUUACACCUGUGGAGAAUGCGGGAAAGCCUUCAGCCGAAGCACCAGCCUUAUUCAACAUUGUAGAAUUCACACUGGGGAAAGGCCCUAUCAGUGUGACCAGUGUGAGAAAUCGUUCAGGCAAAAGUCCGUCCUCAUUCAGCACCAGGUGGUCCACACUGGAGAAAGGCCUUAUGAAUGCACCAACUGUGGUAAAUCGUUUAGCCAGCGUUCGAGUUUCUUUCAGCACCAAAAAUGUCACAGCGUAGGGAAGACUCAGGAAGGCAAAAAAGGUAGGAAGCUCCUUAACCCUACGUCCAACACAGCCCCCCGAAAAUGCACAUUUUAGAAAGGCCUUAAAGUAACA